AUGCGCUUGAGUCAUGUGAACAAGACCAAGGAAAGUAUUCGCAUGGUUAGAAGAUUACUUUCAUCUAACAAUUAUUCAAACAAGGUCAUCAGCAAGUGUGAGAAAAUUGUGUCCGAGAGGAUUAGAAACAACAUCAGGAGCAACAAUGUCAACAGGAAUUGGUCGUUUAGCAGAUUUCCUUACAUAAAAGGCUUGUCACCAAGACUGGCAUCUUUAUUUAGGCACACCAACUGCAAGUUGGUAUUCUAUAAUGUAUUCAAGGUUAAGGAUCUAUUUUCCCGGCUAAAAGACAAAGUGGAGAGAGAAGAUAGAUCUGGCCUGGUAUACAGGAUUCCGUGCUCGUGUGGGAAAUGGUACGUUGGACAGACUGGGCAAAAAUUAAAAGCCAGAGUGAGACAACAUAAACUUGACUACAGACCUGAGAAGUCCAUAAAAAACAACAAAACAGCAUUAGCGGAACAUCACUUUGCUGAGGAUGGUCAUAACUUUCAGUUCGAGGAUGUUGAGAUUUCAGAUCUGGAGAAAAAUUACAUGAAGAGAAAUCUAAGUGAAAUGAUUUUUAUUAAGGCGAUGAAUUGUGUCAAUUUUAGAUCCGACACGCAAAACCUCAGUACAAUUUACAGUGACCUGAUAAAUGAUGUUAAGGAUUUAGUGAAGUCAUAG